AUGCAGAAAGAUCGAUCGAAAGAGGGGAGAGAGAUAGAUGAGAGAGAACUGAAGUUUGAGAUCGUCCAUUUCAUACUGACCAUCGUCGUCGCCAUUGUCGGAGAAGACAGAGAAGUCUCUCGACUUGAGGGGAGCGGUCUUUCCUGUAAGACCACCUUAUACCGAGUUUGUGUUCGCGGGUCAAGUCCAGUUCAUUUCAUUCGCGGGUCAAAAUAUUCGGACCCUAUAAAAAGUCUUUUCACGCUUCUUUUUCCUCAUUUCAAUUUUCAAAAUACACUGUUCACAUUUAGGAGAGAGAAAGUUCUUCAUCUUCUCCGCCGAUUCUUCUUCUUCCAUCUUCGUCUUCACUUCUGCUCGAGGUUUCCUACAAUUCUGCUCUUUUUUCUUCAAUUCUCGACUCAACGUCUCUGCUUCUUCUUCGUUUCUUCGGUUUUGUGUUAUGGUGCCAAAUUCAGAGGAACUCUGAACUCUGGCUAUGCUACUGCUGGUGGAUCUAGUAAUGUUGAAUUGAUGGAAGAAUUGGACCGACUGGUGGCUUUCUGGUGGCUGCGACACAGAAGCCCCGCGAGGUUUGUGUGGGCUUGUGACGCUAGGCUUGCGCCACUAGGCGUGUUGUGCUGGUUGUCAUUCCGGUGGCUGCUAGAGUUGACGCGAUUGUGAAUUGCAGUUGUUAUG